AUGGAGCCGUCCCAGCGACGACGUGCGGGAUGCACUGAAUGCAAGAGGAAGAAAGCAAAGUGUGAUGAGAAAAGACCGUCAUGUUCGCGAUGUUACAAGUACCCGCACUUAUGCUCAUAUGAAUUGAGUGUCAAGACCUUUAGGGUGACCAAGUCAAAGCCAUCUAAGAAUGAUCAGGCCUUGACAAAGCCACAGUCUGCUGAUCAUUCCAUCACUGAUGAGCUACCAGCAUCUUCAACAGCAUUCUCAGUGAUCACUUCCAACGAGCUCAUACCUCUUGCGGCUAUAUCGGACACGACUGAUAGCGAUUGGCUACCUACAUCAACGAUAAGCGGUCCGUUUGAUCGGCGGUCUUAUUCUCCUGCGCAACCUCCACCAAGACUCAGUCUCUCCAUUUGUCCUCUAUCCAGCCCUCCCCUACGGAGUGAUCCUCGGCGAUUCUACUUUCAGCACUUUGUAGCCCAUACAGCAACAGUAUACUUCCCACUCCAGCCGGACGCAGCUUUGGGUCUGAUACUCCCGGCAGCUGAUCUCAGUCCAUGCAUAAUGGGGGCAAUGAUCGCCGCUAGCAGUAGCCAACUCUUUCGCAUAGCACGGAAUCCAGAGUCGCGGAGUGCAGCAAUCAUGGCAACUGUUGAUUGUUUAGGAAACCUGCGCGAAGCAAUCACUACACCAAAAUUCGGCGACCUUGGAGUGACAAUACUGCCGACGACGUUGAUGCUGGCUACGACGUGCGUCUGUGCAGGGGAUACAGCAACUUUUCGGAAGCAUCUCAACGGGGCUCUUCAUGUUGUUCAACGUGAUAAAACGAAAUAUAGCCUGGACCCUCUGUGGUGGAUGAGCCUCAAGUGGCUCGUUCACCUGCUUUUGAUGAACAGACUUUCAGGGCUGCCCCUACCAUCACGGCAGAUGAAAGGGUUCAUUGACUGGGAUUACCUCUUGACAUGUAUGCCUGACUUAGGACGCAUUGAUCUCACUUCCGGCUUUUCUCGAGAGUUGGUCACUGCUCUCAAUAUGGUAUGCGAGCUAUCUGACGGAAGCUGCAUCAAUAUAGAUGCAAGUGGACAAUUUUUUGGCAAUAAUAUAGCAUGGAGUGCAUAUUCUCAUGAACUUGAAGCUGGAUUGAUCGAGCUUCGGAAAAAAGGCGCUUCAACAGUGACAGACGUGGUGUUCCGGGCAGAACUAGAAAGCAGCCACAGACUGUUCACUGAUGCAACGCUACUAUGUCUAUACCGGCGGGUUGACGAACUACCCAAGGACAAUGCCAAAGUUCAAAAGACAGUGGACUCAAUCAUCAACUCACUGCAACAUAUUGACAAACAAUCCCCAGUUCAUGCGCAACUCUUGUGGCCACUUCUUGCAGCAGGCUGCGACUCAACGACUGGUGCCCAACGAACCAUCAUUGUAGAGAGGAUGGAGAGCAUGACUGCACGUGGCUUAGGCAGCUAUGAAAAUGUCCUCGAGUUCAUGAGGGAUUACUGGAAGAACGGGGGCAACAUGAGAUGGGACCUAUUCGCCAAGCAAACAGGAAAAGACCUCGUACUAUUCUGA